CUGUGAUAACACCGAACACGUAAAAAGAUUGCUUUUAGUUUAUCAUUUUUUAUUGUUUUCUUAUCACAGACAACUGUCAUUACAGCAAAAUAGUCCAUGUCAUAUACUGAAGAAAUGUAAACAUUUUUUUAAAUAUAUUAAUGAUUAUUUAGACUAAAAAAUGAGAAGGGCUCACGGAGGAAAUUAUUAUGAUCCAUUGCCCUCAACCAGUACACAUGACAGUGACUUUAUAGAAAAAGAAAAUGAUGACUUGACAGAACAGCUAAAAAAUAAAGUAAACACACUUAAAUCCCUAUCGAUUGACAUAGGUGCUGAAGUUAAAUAUCAAGAUCGGUUACUCAGAGAUAUGGAUCAUGAUUUUGAAACUACUGGAAGUUUUCUAAGCAAUACACUAGGGCGUGUUACCAGACUAGGAAGAAAUAGUGGUGGAUAUAACAUAUGUUAUCUUUUACUUUUUACUAUUGUUGUUUUCUUUAUUCUUUAUAUAUAUAUUAAAUUAAGAUAAUAAUUCUAUUAAAUGUAUAAUUAAUUAAUAUUAAUCAAUAUUGUAUCUUUUUAUAUGAUCCAAGAAAAUAUUAGUAGGAAAUAUUUUUUUAAUGUUUAUUAUAAAUUGUUACAUAUAAAAACACAUAUUUAUUAGUAAAUUCAAAUAUUUAAUA